CAGCGAACCUCGGGUCCUCUCACAGAGCUCUGCUAUCCCAAGCCAUUCCGCGCCCGCGUUCCAGGCCGACGAGGACUGGGCGAAAGAUUUACGGUCUGCAUUAUGUCUGGAGCCGGCAGUCUCCUUGCUCUCCUCUGCGGCUGUUGCGCGGCGGCCCUGGGAGUCCUCAGCGGGGAGCGCGGCGUGGCUGAGGAUCAGGACACGGACUAUUACGUGGCUGCGGUGUAUGAGCACCAGCUGAUCUCCAGUCCCAACCCUGAAGCUCUCACCAGCCGCAAGCAGGCCUUGGAGCUGAUGACCCAGAACCUCAACAUCUAUGAGCAGCAAGUCAUGACUGCAGCCCAAAAGGGCGUACAGAUUAUAGUGUUCCCAGAAGACGGCAUUCAUGGGUUCAACUUCACAAGAGCAUCCAUUUACCCGUUUUUGGACUUCAUGCCAUCUCCCCGGCUGGUCAGGUGGAACCCGUGCCUGGAGCCCCAGCGAUUCAGUGACACGGAGGUCCUCCAGCGCCUGAGUUGCAUGGCCAUUCAGGGAGACAUGUUCCUGGUGGCCAACCUCGGGACGAAGCAGCCCUGUGGCGGUGACCCCGGGUGUCCCAGGGACGGCCGAUACCAGUUUAACACAGAUGUCGUGUUCAGCAACAACGGGACCCUCGUAGACCGCUACCGCAAACACAACCUCUACUUUGAGGCAGCGUUUGACACCCCUCUCCAAGCGGAUCACAUUGUCUUUGACACCCCCUUUGCCGGCAAGUUUGGUGUCUUCACCUGCUUUGAUAUAUUGUUCUUUGACCCAGCCGUCGCCCUCCUCAGAGACUCGGAGGUGAAGCACGUCGUGUUUCCGGCUGCCUGGAUGAACCAGCUCCCACUCCUGGCCGCCAUUCAGAUCCAGAGGGCCUUCGCCAUGGCCUUUGGGGUCAACCUUCUGGCCGCUAACGUCCACCAGCCGUCUCUGGGGAUGACCGGGAGUGGUGUACACACGCCUCUGAAGUCCGUCUGGCACCAUGACAUGGAAAACUUCACAGGUCACCUUAUAAUUAGCCAGGUAGCCAAAAAUCCACAGGGUCUCAGUACCAAGAAUACCACAGGUAAAAUGGACCCAACCCAUAGUCAAUUUUUAAAACUCUUGGCCGGUGAUGCAUACUGCGAGAAGGAUUCUCAGGAGGUCCACUGUGACGGAGCCCCCCGAUGGAACAUGAACGCCCCCCCUACGUUUCACUCUGAGAUGAUGUAUGACAGGUUCACCCUGGUCCCGGUGUGGGACCGGGAAGGCCAUCUCCGAGUCUGUGCAAACGGCCUCUGCUGCUAUUUGCGCUACCAGAGGCCUGCUGUGUCUGACGAGCUGUAUGCCCUGGGGGUCUUCGACGGCCUGCACACCGUGCACGGCACUUACUACGUUCAAGUCUGUGCCCUGGUCAAGUGUGGGGGUCUUGGCUUUGACACCUGUGGGCAGGAGGUCACAGAGGCCACGGGGAUGUUCGAAUUUCACCUGUGGGGUAACUUCAGUACUUCCUAUAUCUUUCCUCUGUUUCUGACCUCAGGGAUGACCCUGGAAACCCCUGACCAGCUUGGCUGGGAGAAUGGCCACUAUUUCCUGAGGAAGAGGGGACUGUCCUCUGGCCUGGUGACGGCAGCCCUGUAUGGGCGGGUGUAUGAGAGAGACUAUGGACCGUGAGGGUGGG